AUGUCCAUGGCAAUCUACACGGUAUUGGCCGUCCUCUUGACGAUAGGUUUUGGAUGGUGGUGGUCAUGGUUGAAACCGUCUCCGUCUGCGUCUCCGUCUCCGACUCCGACUGGCAACCAACCUCCACCGAAGGGAGGAUGGACAUUCCGCGUUCGUGGCGUGCCCCGCGACUGGGACCGAGUCAGGCUGGAGUCUUUCCUGGAGGAGCAAGACUGUGCUAGCCCGGCUGUCCGAUCCUUGACCAACGAGAUUCAUGGCCUCUCGCAGACUGCGACGGUCUCCUUUCGGAACAUCCCCCCCAGGCUGCAGACGGCCGCCCAGGCCAGGCGCCCCUUGCAUAUCCCUCUUCUUGCGCGUUCCAAUCAGUCCACUAGACUGCCGAGCAUCACGCUUGAUAAUGGGUUUCUCGGUAUCACCACUCUCUAUGCUCCUCCCCUGCAGGACCACAAAACUGAUGUUAUCGCAAUCUCCGGCCUUGGUGGGCACGCAUUCGGUUCGUUCAAAGAAAGGGACGGAGAGCACAUGUGGCUACGAGACGCACUUCCGCAUCAUGUCACGGGGGAAGACAACAGACCCCUUGCACGCGUUAUGGUGUAUGGCUACGACUCGGGUCUCCCGCAGAGCGAGAGCUUCCAGAACCUAGAAGACCUUGGGACGGCUCUACAUACUCACCUUCGGAGGCUGGCGGUUAACAGCGCAUUUCGGCCGAUCGUAUUUAUCGCCCAUAGCCUAGGCGGAUUGAUCGUCAAGCAGACUCUCACAUCCAUCUCCAGGUCGGAGAACGAAGAGGACCAGAAACUAAUACGAGCGGUGUACGGAAUCGCCUUUUUUGGCGUCCCACAUGACGGUGUGGACAUCGGUUCACUCAUCCCCAUGGUCCGGGAUGGACCGAACCGACUUCUGCUGGAAUCCAUUGGGUCCCUUAAUUCGCAAGUCCUCAGUAUCCAGCAGCGCGAAUUCCCAGAGGCACUGGGAGGCAAAGGCGAGUCCGAGAUUGUUUGUUUCUACGAAACCCUCAAAUCGCCGACAGCCACGCAAGAUGAAAAGGGCAGGUGGACAAUGACAGGUCCAAUCGCAGCCCUGGUGACUAAAUCGUCCGCUACGCAUUGCCGACCAUGGGAGAGUGGACCGCAGCAUAUCUGCGCCAUCAACCGUACGCACUCAGAAAUGGUCAAGUUUGGGCCGCAAGAUGAAGAGUACGACAAGGCCGUCCAACGAAUUGAAGGCCUCAUUCGACGGGCGCGUUCAAGGGCGACCCCAUUACAGCCGAAACUGUCACAGCAGAUGCAGAGUCGCGCAAACGACAUUGACCCCGCCAUCAAGGGAACAUGCGAAUGGCUGCUUCGACAUCAGACAUAUACAAGCUGGAAGGCUUCCAAUAGCCUGCUCUGGAUCAAGGGGAAACCAGGCUCUGGGAAGUCGACAUUGCUCAAAUACGCUCUUCAUAAUCAAGGAGUUGCGCCUAGCGCCAGAAGCAGUGAUCUUGUCCUAUCAUUCUUCUUCCACGGCCGCGGUGAUGAGCUUCAAAAGACGCCUUUGGGCUUCUACCGAUCUCUCCUUCAUCAACUCCUAAAGAAGACCCCUGAGGCAUUGUCAGUCUUUGUCAACACCUUUCAACAAAGGUGCAAGGAGAGAGGUCAUCAUCCUGAAAAGUGGCAGUGGCAUCAAGAAGAACUUCGGGGCUACUUUGAGUUGUCCCUUCCAAAGGUGCUUGAGACCCGCUCAAUUUGGCUAUUCGUCGACGCCUUAGACGAGUGCGGCAGGGAUAGUGCAGUCGAACUCUUCCAGUGGCUUAAAUCACUGCUUCCGACUUAUUCACCUACCGCUUCGCAGUUUCGCAUCUGCGUUACUUGUCGCCACUAUCCGAUUAUACACCAGACUGUUGACUUCGAAAUAUGCCUGGAACAUGAAAAUGAACAGGAUAUUUCCACUUACGUGCAAGAGCAGCUUUCUAGCUCCCGUGAGCUGGCUGAAUCUUCGAUUCCGGCUUUCAUUGAGGACUCUGCUUCCGGCGUUUUCAUGUGGGCCCGUCUUGUUGCAAAGCAAGUCUUGGACCUUGACAAUGAUGGAGUAGCACUGGAAGAGAUCAAGCGACAGAUCAGUGUUAACCCUUCAGAACUGGAUAAGCUAUACCGCAACCUUGUCCAAGGCAUGCGUGAGAAGCAAGCUUCGCUAAGAUUAAUCCAAUGGAUUUGCUUUGCCACGCGGCCAUUGACUUUGGACGAAUUGCGAUGGGCCAUGGCUGUUGAGCCAAAUUCUUCACAUCGGAUGAAAAGACGAGUUCAGAGUCUCAGCUGUGUUGUCCAGUUCAUCCACCAGUCCGUCAAUGACUUCUUCAUCGAGGAGGGCGUGUUAGCUCUAGACGACAGCUCAACGUCGGCUGAUGCAGCAAUUGGAAUGGCGCACUUUCAGCUGUCCAGGAUCUGCAUACGCUACUUAGCGAUGGAGGAGAUCAGUCAGUCAACAGGCUACAAGCGUGACGAAGUCGGAAUCGCGUUUCCAUUAUUGCAUUAUGCUACGACUUCAUGGGUAACACACACAAGGCAAAGCGAUGACAGAGGUGUCUCUCAAGGAGAUCUUCUGGAAUUGUUUGAUUGGCCAUCAAAUGUCCUUGUGGACCUAUGGACGCAUGACUGUCCACUAGAAAGGACUAGUCUUGUACAUGUUGCGGCAAGGGAUAAGCAAGCUAUUAUAGAUAUCGACGUCGAUUUGAAGGAUCAGGACGGCCAGACGCCGCUGUCGUGGGCUGCCAGGAACGGGCACGAGGCUGUAGUCAAGCAGCUGCUUGAUACAGGCCAGGUCGACAUCGAUUCGAAGGAUUCAGACGGCCAGACGCCGCUGUCGUGGGCUGCCAGGAACGGGCACGAGGCUGUAGUCAAGCAGCUGCUUGAUACAGGCCAGGUCGACAUCGAUUCGAAGGAUUCCUAUGGCCAGACGCCGCUGUCGUGGGCUGCCGAGAACGGGCACGAGGCUGUAGUCAAGCAGCUGCUUGAUACAGGCCAGGUCGACAUCGAUUUGAAGGAUUCCUAUGGCCGGACGCCGCUGUCGUGGGCUGCCGAGAAUGGGCACGAGGCUGUAGUCAAGCAGCUGCUUGAUACAGGCCAGGUCGACGUCGAUUUGAAGGAUCGGGACGGCCAGACGCCGCUGUGGUGGGCUGCCAGGAACGGGCACGAGGCUGUAGUCAAGCAGCUGCUUGAUACAGGCCAGGUCGACGUCGAUUCGAAGGAUUCCUAUGGCCAGACGCCGCUGUGGUGGGCUGCCAGGAACGGGCACGAGGCUGUUGUGAAGCUCCUCGAGUUGGGCCUGGGGGACGGCGCAACUAUAUAG